UUAGUCUUUAAAUAUCUUGAACCACAUGGUUUUUUCUCCGUCUUUAUAUAUAGGCUAUAGCCAUUAUCUAUACAAAACCCAAAAUAUACUUUAAAACAUGGAAGUUAAACAGGAGGUUGUUCGCCCCCAAUCGACCUUUCAUCCAAGUAUCUGGGGAGAUCAGUUUCUGGUCUAUGAGGAGGAGCAAGAAGAGCAAGCUACAGUAGAGCAAACAAUCCAAAGUUUGAAAGAUGAAGUGAGGAAACAAAUACUGGUAGCAUUUGAUGAUCCCACUAAACAUAAUGACUUGUUGAAACUUGUCAAUGAUAUCCAACGCCUCGGCAUUGCCUACUGUUUUGAUCAAGAGCUCGAGAAAGCCUUGGGCCAUAUUUAUAUUAUAUAUGGUGAUGACUGGAAUGGUGUUAGUGCUUUCCUUUGGUUUCGACUCCUCCGACAAGAAGGAUUUUAUGUUUCAUGCGAUAUUUUCAACAAAUACAAGAACAAGGAUGGAACUUUUAAGGAAUCUUUAACUAAUGAUGUUGAAGGCCUGCUUGAGUUAUAUGAGGCGGCAUAUAUGCGGGUGGCAGGCGAAGUUGUACUAGAUGAUGCUCUUGCUUUUACAAAAGGCCAGCUAGAGAAAAUAACAAAGGAUCCCCUCCGAUGGAAUUGUACCCAGAUUCUUUCGAGGCACAUAGAGGAAGCACUAGAGCGGCCUAUAUGGAAAAGGUUGCCAAGACUAGAGGCGUUGCGAUAUAUACCUUUCUAUGAACAACAAGAUGCACAUAAUGAAUCCUUGCUUAGACUUGCAAAGUUGGAAUUCAACCGACUUCAAUCUUUGCACAAAAGAGAGCUUAGCCAAGUCUCCAAGUGGUGGAAAGAUCUGGAGCCUCAAAAGAAUUUGCAUUAUGUAAGAGACAGAUUGCCAGAACUCUACUUCUGGGCUGUGGGAGCCUACUUUGAGCCUCAAUAUUCCCGUUCUAGAAUUUUCUUAACAAAAGUGUUAACAAUAGCAACAAUUUUAGAUGACACUUAUGAUUGCUACGGAACUUAUGAGGAACUUGAGAUUUUCAACGAAGCGAUUCAAAGGUGGUCGGUUACCUGCAUCGAUGCACUUCCGGAUUACAUGAAGUUCGUAUACAAAAUAUUCUUGGAUUCAUAUGGUGAAAUGGAGGAAAUCAUGGCAAGUGAAGGAAAAUCAUAUCAAGUUGAAUGUGCAAAAGAUUUGAUGAAAGAGUUGAGUAGACAUUACAUGAUUGAAGCAAAAUGGAAAAAUGAAGGGUAUGAACCAACAUCAGAGGAGCAUGAAUCAGUUUCAUUUGUAUCUGCAGGCUACAAAAUGCUUAUUCCAACAAGUUUUGUGAGCAUGGGUGAGAAAGUCAUAGAAGAAGCAUUCAAAUGGGCCCUUAGCUUUCCCCCUCUUAUAAAAUCUGCAUGUGUAAUUGCUAGGAUUAUGGAUGACAUUGUGGAAGGGAAAGAAAAGGAGGUUGUGUCCACAGUGGAAUGCUACAUGAAGGAACAUGAUGUCAAGGAGGAGUACGUCUAUAAUUUGUUCAAGGAAAGAGUAGAAGAUGCAUGGAAAGAUAUGAACCUAGAAUUGCUUACACGUAAAGACAUUCCUGUGGUCCUCAAAAUGCGUGUGAUCAACCUGGCACGCGUAAUCGAAUCACUAUAUAAAUAUGAUGAUUGCUUAAAGAACGUUGGUAUAGAACUGCAAGAUAAUAUCAAAUGUUGUUUCAUAAAUGCAAUAACCUUAUAAAUUUAGAUUUUUCAUAGUUUGUCAUGUCUUUAGAGAUCAUGAAGAUAUUGGUUCGUCCUUGUGAAGAUGGAAAAAUAUGAACUGAAUAAGACCUCAAGUUGUAUUUGUGUUAAGUAUUAGUGUAUUACUUGAUGGUCAACUUAUAUUUAACUUAUGGUUUGCAUUUAGUC